AGCCACCACCGCCCCGCCCGAUCUGGGUGCCGCGGCCCUCGGCUCUGCGCCGCGCGCCUCCGCCGCUGCCUCUUUAAUCAGGAACACAGAAGGGGCGGGCCCUGAGCCGGCGCGUAAUCGGAUCGCUCUGCCGCGGCUCUGACAUCCACAUGCUGCUCGGCCUGAAAAGGCGAGGGGGGGACCGGGAGGGGGAGGCAGAGGAGGCGAGCGAGGCAUCAGCCCGCAGCCCGCCCCCGGCACAUCCUCAGAAGAGCAGACACUCGGCCAGCCGCUGGGCGAGGUGGAGGUGAGGGCGGGCGCCAGCGAACUCGGAGAGCCGCGCGCACACUCGCGGGCGAUCCCUGCCGCCGCCGCACCCGCAGCAGCACCAGCAGCACCGGCCGCCGCCGCUUCCUGCCUCGCACUCCCCUCGAGAGACUGGCCAAGCGGGUGUAGCUGCCUGGGGUGGCUCCCGCUAAGGGAACUGGGCGAGGACAAGAGCCGGGAGGCUAGCUGCCUACCACUCCGCCUGUCCAGCGGUCGGUGUCUCUACCCGCGUGUGUGUCCCGAGUGCUGGGGGGACCUGUGUCAGUUUGAGCCACUGAGAUCACACAGCUGCCUAGGGGCCGUGUAAUGCACAGGGCAAGUCUUGGCUUUCAUUUUUAUUAUUAUUACUAUCUUACGCUUGGCUUUCGGGAAACCCUCGUGAUGUUGUAGGAUAAAGGAAAUGACACUUUGAGGAACGGGAGAGAACAUACAGGCUUCUGGGUUUGAAGAGGAAACCGGUCCCGCUUCCCCCAGCUUGCUCCCUCUUUGCUGAUUUCGGGAUCUAUCACCCAGUGAGGUGGGGAUUCCUGCAAGAAUUAAAGGUGAAGACAGACUGGCCACCAGGACCAAGGAGGGAAACGCUGAUCAUUAGAGACCUUUGCAGAAGACACCACAAGGAAGAAAAUUAGAGAGAGGAAAAACACAAAGACAUAAUUAUACGAGAUUCCACAAACCUGGCCACGGAGAAAGCCUCUCUCUCAAAAAAUGGAUAUGCUCCCUCUUACCUGGGUUUUCUUAGCUCUGUACUUUUCAGGACACAAAGUGAGAAGUCAACCAGACCCACCCUGCGGAGGUCGACUGAAUUCCAAGGAUGCUGGCUACAUCACCUCCCCAGGUUACCCCCAGGACUAUCCCUCUCACCAGAACUGUGAGUGGGUUGUGUAUGCCCCUGAACCAAACCAGAAGAUCGUCCUCAACUUCAACCCUCACUUUGAAAUCGAGAAGCAUGAUUGCAAGUAUGACUUCAUUGAGAUUCGGGAUGGGGACAGUGAGUCAGCUGACCUCCUAGGCAAACACUGUGGGAACAUCGCCCCACCCACCAUCAUCUCCUCUGGCUCCGUGUUAUAUAUCAAGUUCACGUCAGACUAUGCCCGGCAGGGGGCAGGUUUCUCCCUCCGCUACGAGAUCUUCAAAACAGGCUCUGAAGAUUGUUCCAAGAACUUCACGAGCCCCAAUGGGACCAUCGAAUCUCCUGGCUUUCCAGAGAAGUAUCCGCACAAUCUGGACUGCACCUUCACCAUUCUGGCCAAACCCCGGAUGGAGAUCAUCCUGCAGUUCCUGACCUUUGACCUGGAGCACGACCCUCUACAAGUGGGAGAAGGGGACUGCAAAUAUGACUGGCUGGACAUUUGGGACGGCAUUCCACACGUUGGCCCUCUGAUUGGCAAGUACUGCGGGACCAAAACCCCCUCGAAACUCCGCUCGUCCACAGGGGUCCUCUCCCUGACCUUUCACACGGACAUGGCAGUGGCUAAGGAUGGCUUCUCUGCACGCUACUACUUGGUCCACCAAGAGCCUCCUGAGAACUUUCAGUGCAACGUUCCUCUGGGAAUGGAGUCCGGACGGAUUGCUAAUGAACAAAUCAGUGCCUCAUCCACUUUCUCCGACGGGAGGUGGACUCCUCAACAGAGCCGGCUCCAUGGUGAUGACAAUGGCUGGACACCCAACCUGGAUUCCAACAAGGAGUAUCUCCAGGUGGACCUGCGCUUCCUAACCAUGCUCACGGCCAUUGCAACACAGGGAGCCAUUUCCAGAGAGACCCAGAGAGGCUACUAUGUCAAAUCGUACAAGCUGGAGGUCAGCACGAACGGGGAGGACUGGAUGGUCUACCGGCAUGGCAAAAACCACAAGGUGUUUCAAGCUAACAACGAUGCGACUGAGGUGGUUCUAAACAAGCUCCACACGCCCCUGCUUACAAGGUUCGUCAGGAUCCGCCCACAGACGUGGCACUUGGGCAUUGCCCUUCGACUGGAGCUCUUUGGCUGCCGAGUCACAGAUGCACCCUGCUCCGACAUGCUGGGGAUGCUCUCAGGCCUCAUUGCUGAUACCCAGAUCUCCGCCUCCUCCACCCGAGAGUACCUCUGGACUUCCAGUGCUGCCCGCCUGGUUAGCAGCCGUUCUGGCUGGUUCCCGCGGAACCCUCAAGCCCAGCCAGGUGAAGAGUGGCUUCAGGUGGACUUGGGGACACCCAAGACAGUGAAAGGUGUCAUCAUCCAGGGAGCCCGUGGAGGGGACAGCAUCUCUGCCAUGGAAGCCAGGGCAUUUGUUCGAAAGUUCAAGGUCUCGUACAGCCUAAAUGGCAAGGAUUGGGAAUACAUCCAGGAUCCCAGGACUCAGCAGCCAAAGCUGUUUGAAGGGAACAUGCACUAUGACACUCCCGACAUCCGAAGGUUCGAUCCAGUUCCAGCACAGUAUGUGCGGGUGUACCCAGAGAGAUGGUCACCAGCAGGCAUUGGGAUGAGGCUGGAAGUCCUGGGCUGUGACUGGACAGACUCAAAGCCCACGGUGGAGACACUGGGCCCCACCAUAAAGACUGAGGAGACUACCACCCCAUAUCCCAUGGACGAGGACGUCACGGAGUGUGGGGAGAACUGCAGCUUUGAGGACGACAAAGAUUUACAACUCCCUUCUGGAUUCAACUGCAACUUUGAUUUCCCCGAGGAGCCCUGCGGUUGGAUGUACGAUCAUGCCAAGUGGCUCAGAAGCACCUGGAUAGGCAGUGCCAGCCCCAAUGACCGAACAUUUCCAGAUGACAAGAACUUCUUGAGAUUACAGAGUGACAGCCGGCGAGAGGGCCAGUAUGGGCGGCUCAUCAGCCCUCCUGUGCACUUGCCCCGAAACCCUGUGUGUAUGGAGUUCCAGUACCAAGCUACAGGCGGCCACGGGGUGGCGCUGCAGGUGGUUCGGGAAGCCAGCCAGGAAAGCAAACUCCUAUGGGUCAUCCGUGAAGACCAGGGCAGUGAGUGGAAACAUGGCCGCAUUAUCCUGCCCAGCUAUGACAUGGAGUAUCAGAUUGUGUUCGAGGGAGUGAUAGGGAAAGGACGAUCGGGAGAGAUUGCCAUCGAUGACAUUCGGAUAAGCACCGAUGUCCCUCUGGAGAACUGCAUGGAACCCAUCUCAGCUUUUGCAGUGGACAUUCCAGAAAUCCAUGGGGGAGAGGGAUCUGAAGAUGAAAUUGAUGACGAGUAUGAAGGAGACUGGAGCAACUCCUCUUCCCCUACCUCAGGGGCUGGUGGCCCUUCAUCCGGCAAAGAGAAGAGCUGGCUGUACACACUGGAUCCCAUCCUCAUCACCAUCAUCGCCAUGAGCUCUCUGGGCGUCCUGCUAGGGGCCACCUGCGCGGGGCUCCUGCUCUACUGCACCUGCUCCUACUCGGGCCUGAGCUCACGCAGCUGCACCACACUGGAGAACUACAACUUUGAGCUCUAUGACGGCCUCAAGCACAAGGUCAAGAUGAACCACCAGAAGUGCUGCUCUGAGGCUUGACGGACUGCACCUGAACUGCGUCUGAGGCUUCGUCCCAGUGAGAGGAGCUAGGGAAGAGUCCAUUUUUCCUCCUUUGGAAACUGAAUGCCAUAAUCUCAAUCAAACUGAUCCAGAAUACUGAAGGUAUGGACAGGACAGCCUAGGGAGAGUGAGAUGCAGCCAGGAGGGAGAUUGUCGCCCACCAGGGACUGUGGUGGCCAAGUUAAUGCAGGAAUCGGGCUGCGUCCUCUGUGGGGAUGGACAGGAACAUAUCUCUUUGGAGUCACAGUUCUGUUCAUUUGUGGGUUCAUUAUGAUUAUGAUUGCAUUGUUACAUUUUAUCUUUUUGGUCUGUGAGCAACUCAAAGAGGCAGAAGAGAAUGACUUGUCCAGUGGGAAAGUGGGGAGAGGGUUGGGAUCCCCUCCUCUCUCUAAUCAACACUUGAAAAGCGAAAGAUCUUUCCAGCCCUUCCAUCUUGAAAAGGAGACUUAAACAAAAGCCAUCCAGUUUAGCUCGUCCUCAGAUGGUCUCACAGUUGAAGAGACUUGUUGGGCUGCGUUCAGAUUCUGCCAGCCGCCCGAGGAGCUGCCAUUUCCAGUCCUAGCAUAUUGAAGUAGGAUGUUAUUGCCUUUAGCUUUUUUUAAUCCAGGGGAAGAUUGCCAUUUUAGGGUCAGCCUGAACAAUUCUUUCUUAUAUACAAUUUAAAAUAAACCAGAACCGAAACUUCACACGCCAGAAUCCAUAGACACACCUCUAUGGUUAGACACAGACAAGCCUUAAAAUGCUUUGAUGACUGGGGGCCAUUCCUUAAUCUAGACCCAGAGUUUGUGACUGUGGGGUGUCCCUUUGUGGGGCCUCUGCUGGUGGCUUUGCCUUUUCUUUUUCCUAUUAGUUCUUCUACAACAUGUACGUAUAUUCACAUAUGCACACAGCACACACACACACAGAGUGAGAGAUGGAGAGAGAUUUUUCUUUAUUCUCUGGUCUCAGAGCAGGGUGGGAAAUCAAGCUGUCAGUGUGUCUCCUCCUGGCCACUAGACGGACAUCAGAGCAAAGGAGAAGGAAGGAGAACCCCAGCUGUGUCGGGAAGACUGAGCAAUGUGGACAGAGACAUUUUGUCAACUCAGUCUCCUUGCUAGGUUGAUGGCACUGAUUUCUUGUGGGGAGACUCCAUCCCGGCAGGGGUGUCAGCACAGCGGCAUCGUGAGUCACUGCUACCCACAAGUCCACCACACUGCUUCAGCCUCAGAAAAACCAGUUCUUAUUCGUACACAUCACGUGCCAUGAAUACACACACACACACACACACACACACACACACACACACACACAGAGCAGUUUAUAUGGUUUUUAUUAAGUGCCUUGAAAAACAAUGAAGACAAACCUAUUUUCCCUCUGGGCAGGAUGACGACUGUCUCACAAGUUAAGGCAUUCCUCUCUCUCACCCCGGUGACUCCAUUCCCAGCUCCCCUACUCACCGCUGACCCACAGCGGGAUGAAUCCUGCUACCUGGGGAAAAUCAGACCCUAGAUGACUCCUGAAAGGGAGGUAUGAAGAACAGAAUAAAACUGUGUGAAAGAUAAGAUUGUCCUCAAGAUUCAAAUCUUGACUUUGUGUUAAAAUGCCGAAAGAGUGUCUGUGCCCUAGAAAUACAUUACAGGCCCUGCCAGUCUGCCCAGACUGUUGCAUAUAAGUGGGAAACUGUCUCACUAUUUUUGCUGCUGUGGUCACCCACAAUUUCAUUUGUCUCGAGCCCAGGCAAAUGAAGAAGGGUGGAUGGACUGGCUGGUUCCUUUAAAUGUUAACUUAUGAAGAUGCUAGUUCAGAAGGUGAUGUCCCAGUGUUUUGUAUGCAGAGAGGGAACAGUCCUAGUGACAACUAUUUAUCCACAUGUGUGUGUCUGUGUGCGCCUUUGGGUUCUCUGUAUCUACUGUGUAUGUGAAUGGUCACGUGGAUCUCAGUGGUGGUGUUGUGACUUUGACCCAGAGCCUGAGUGUCACUGCUGAUCUUGGCACUCAUUGGCACAGUGGUAGAGGUGAAAAGUUAAGCUUUUAAGCCCUGGGGGCUUAGUGUUAGAUGCCCUCUGAGCUGGGCACACAGUAGAAGAAAGUCUGUGUUAGCUCAUUCUCAUCUUUACCCUCACUGCCCCCAAUGCAGCUAGAAUUCAGAGCAUUGAGAGCUUGUGGGGGAGAAGAGAAGUUCAAAGGCCCACUCUGGGAGCCCUGGCCCGCUCAUGACCAUUUUACUCUAAUUCCCCAAAGACCAGCCCUGUUUAAAGCCUGCAGUUCUAAGUUAUGUGCAACUUAACCUGCAUCCCUCUACAAGUCCUGCAUCCAUUUCACUUUGGCUGAUUUGAGGCUCUGAGUGGUCCCUGAGGGCUAAACAGAAACAGGGUCCCCAGGGCUACAAGUAGAUACCUCACCAAGGCUGGAGGCUGGUCUGUCGUAAGAUGUAAAGAAAGAGGGCUGGGUCUGAUUCUGACUUGACCAGAGGGCCCCUUGGUGCAUUGGUUAUCUUUAUCUGCAGAUAGGCUAACUGGCCCAUCUCCUUGAAUUGUUCCCUUUGGGAAACCUAACUCACAGUAUUGAUGUCCUUUUUGCCUUGUACUGAACGACACAUUACCUCCACGCUCUCCCGGACUAGGCGGUCCACAGGACCACAGGGUUGCUUUCUCUCUUUGGUGGGGAUGGGGAGUUCACAGGGAUGAGGGUCCAAGGAAUGAGCAUGAAUGACAAGAAAGCGGGUGGGGGGGAAGUUAAGCUUUUCCAGGAUGUGCAGUUUUUGACCAUUUGCUGGCUGAGCCAGAUCACGGAAACUCUAGAGAUUUUACUGUGAUUCUACAAUGUAAAAAAUAAACAAUGUCAAACUGUGUUUAUAUUAUUUGUAUAAAGCCUUUUUAAGAUUACUAUUUAAA